AUGGAAAAUAGGAAUAAUGUUACUGAGUUUGUUCUCUUGGGACUUUCUAAGAAUAAGAAAGUCCAAAUUCUCUGCUUUCUCUUUUUCUUACUCUGUUACCUGGCUAUCUGGUUGGGGAAUUUGAUUAUUAUGACUUCCAUCACAUGCAGUCAGUUAAUUAAUCAGCCCAUGUACUUCUUCCUUAAUUACCUUGCCCUCUCGGACCUCCUCUACACCUCCACUGUGACACCCAAACUCAUGACAGACUUACUGACAGAGAAGAAGGUCAUUUCCUAUAAAAACUGCAUGACACAGCUGUUUACCACACACUUCUUUGGAGGGGUCGAGGUCUUCAUCAUCACAGGAAUGGCCUAUGACCGCUACGUGGCCAUCUGCAAGCCACUCCAUUAUGCCAUCCUCAUGAGCAGGCAAAGGUGUAACUCAAUUCUCAGGGCAUCCUGUGCAGGGGGCUUUCUGCAUUCCCUUGGAUUGUUUCUUCUUACAAUUUUUUUACCGUUCUGUGGCCCCAAUGAAAUUGAUCAUUAUUUUUGUGAUGUAUACCCUUUGUUGAAACUGGCCUGCACUGAUACACACAAAAUCGGUUUCUUAGUCAUUGCCAAUUCAGGCCUGAUGGGACUGGUGAUCUUCGUGGUUUUGAUGGCCUCCUACUUUAUGAUUUUAUAUAAUGUGAGAGCAUAUUCUGCCGAGAACCGCCACAAAGCACUUUCCACUUGCAGCUCGCACAUCACGGUUGUGAUCCUGUUUUUCGCACCUGUCAUCUUUGUUUACAUUAGACCCCCCACAACUUUACCAGAAGAUAAAGUGUUUACACUCUUCUACACAAUCAUUGUCCCCAUGCUCAAUCCUCUUAUCUACACACUUAGAAAUACAGAAAUGAAAAAUGCCAUAAAGAAAGUUUGGUGCACUGGAAGAUUUUGGAAAGGGAAUCCAAUGAUUUGA